CAGUCACCGAGCUGCGAGGCAACUGGGAAAAAGUGCGCGAGCCAAUUGACAUUUUUUUUAUAAUUAAAUUAAAUGAUAUAAAAUCCAAUUGCACGAGUUGAGAGAACAACGCUGAACAGGAAACGAGAGAAUCGUGCAUCGAAGUUGUGCGAGCAAUUGCUGUGAAAGGAUUUGGAGGAAGUCAAGAGCAUCUAAAUAAAGCAGUAAUCGCAAUGGACGAGUCGCCGUGUCUGGAAAAGGGCUUCGUUCAGAAGCCGAAGGAGUUUAAAAGUUUGAUGAACCUAGCGGAACGAAUGCCCGUUGAUAUCGAGUUCCACGACUUGUGCUAUACAAUACCGCAGGGCAGAAAAGAUGAAAAGAGAAUUUUGAAAUGUAUCAGUGGCAGUUUCAAGGCCGGACAACUGCACGCCAUAAUGGGUCCAUCUGGUGCUGGAAAAAGCACACUUCUAAAUAUUCUGGCAACGUACAGAUUAUCCGGUUCCACGGGAAACGUUCUGGUGAACGGAGAGCCGCGCAAUGUACGCAACUUCCGGAAGAUAUCUCGAUACAUAAUGCAGCAGGAUGCGCUGCAACCGCUGCUCACCGUCCAAGAAAUCAUGACCAUCGCUGCAGAUCUCAAACUCGCCAAAGACAUAACAUCCGAAGAAAAACAAUUAGCAAUCGACGAUAUCUUGGACACAUUGAGACUCACAAAAACCAAAAAUACCAUCACAAAUUUACUCUCAGGCGGUGAACAGAAACGUUUAUCAAUAGCUUUGGAGCUUCUAAACAAUCCGCCAGUUAUUUUCUUAGAUGAGCCAACUACAGGAUUGGACGACCUUUCCAGUAGUCAAUGUAUACAGUUGUUGAAGUCUUUAGCGGAAGGUGGACGGACGAUAAUUUGUUCAAUCCACACGCCCAGUGCAAAGAUAUUUUCAACCUUCGAUAAUGUGUACAUCUUAGCAGAUGGACAUUGUGUUUAUCAAGGUUAUGGACCUGAAGUUGUGGGUUAUUUGGAUAACGUAGGAUUGCCUUGCCCGAAGCACUACAACCCCGCAGAUUUCAUUAUUGAAGUAUGCAGCGGGGAUUAUGGUGACUACCAAGACAUUUUGGUGUCGCAAGUGGAGAAUGGUCAAUGCAAUAGUUAUUACAAGAGGAAUAUACUGGAUGAACAGAUCAAAUCCAAAGAAAGAUAUGUCAGUGAAGAAACUAUACAAUCGGAGAAUGCCUCAUCAUUGGCACAGUUUAAAAUUAUUUUAUUUAGGAUGUGGUUACAGAUGUAUAGGGAUAAGACAUAUUUAUUGCUACGAUUCGUGGUAACUUUAGCCAUAGGAUUACUGAUAGGUAAUAUAUUCUUGGGGAUGGGACAAGAUGGGUCCAAAACGAUUUUCAAUUUUGGGUUUUACUACACAUGCAUCAUAAAAUUUCUAUACAUUCCCAUGAUGCCAGUUCUUCUCUCAUGUAAGUACUUAAUUUGUCAAUAUGAUUUAAAUAUGAUUGAAAUGUUUCCUUCAGUUCCAGUUGAAAUUAAGUUAUUGAAGCGAGAAUUUUUCAAUAAGUGGUAUCGCUUGGUCCCAUACUUCUUCGCUUUGACACUAUCCACAAUUCCCAUUACGCUGAUCCUCGGUGUGAUCUACGUAAGUCUAGUCUAUUUCCUCACCGAUCAACCCUUUGAAUGGUACAGGAUAAUUCAGUUUUACGCCGUCUGCAUGAUGACGGCUUUAAUCUCCGAAAGUAUGGGCUUGCUGAUUUCCUCCACAUUCAACAUUUUGAACGGAAUGUUUCUUGGACCGGUAUUGGCAGUUCCUUUGAUGCUCCUCGCCGUAUACGGAAUGGGUUAUGAAGACGAAACGCCGAUACCGAUCAUCUUGAAAAUUGCUAUGCACUUCAGCUUUUUACGAUACUCCUUGCACGGAAUAACCACAACGAUGAUGAAGAACAGGGCGAUUUUACCGUGUCCGGAGGACGAAAUUAUCUGCAAAUUUCGUGAUUUGGACGAAUUCGCCAAAUUCAUGGGACUGUCUCACGGGAUUUACUGGCUGGAUUUAUUCGCUCUCAUCUUGAUAUUUGUGAUAUUCCGUUGCAGUUGCUUCUACCUGCUUAAACAACGCUUGAGACCAAACAAAGCCUUCAGGACAAUUCACUUCCUCUUGAAAUCUCUCAAACUACAAUUUAAUUUACCCAUUUGAUUCUUGCGAAUAUUGUUAGACUAUUUAAACGAAUUUGUGAUUGUAAUACUAUUUUUUUUUGAUAUAAUUGUUUAAAUAA